UCAGAGCUUGCUAGUCUCGUAUCAGUAUGAAGCCCAAUUCUGGGCCUCGCUUUGGCCGGCAGCAUUUCCCAGUUGUUUAUGUCACCCGUUUUGGGAAACACCCCUGUGGCACGAAGAUUCGUUCUGGUGGCAAAAGUCCUCCUAAAAAAGCAGCCCAGGAGGACCUCCAUUCCUGCCUUUCUGACAAAGCUUCUUCUGCCACUUUGGACAAAACAGGUCUAGUGGGUGUCGCCCCUCAGAGACAAAGGAGGCACCCAAGCUUGGGACCUGGGAUGGUGCAAGUCCGAGGAAGCCAAACUGGACGUCGACAACCACAGAGUGAAGGCUGGAACAUCAGUAUGGCCAAGCCCCCAGGCCGAGAAGCUUCUAAAAUAGCCCCUUCAAGGAAGAAAAGCCGGGGAAGCAAAAGGGGGGCAGCAAAUUCUACAACCUCUGGUGGCUUUGAAGAGAGUGGAGCUGAUGAGUAUGAAUUCUCUACGUCCAAAGAAAACGCUAAUGAAACGAUCAGGGAACAAAAGAAAAAGUCUGCAGUGUGGCUUGAAGUAUUUGAAGUAAUUUCUAAAAUGGUAGAAGAAAAUGGAUACUUUAGGAAUAGAUUGGUGUCUAAUUUUCAUUUUUCAGUUGAAGUAGAUGCUGCAAAGAAUUCUCAGCAACCUUUGACCAUACAAGGUACAGAUAUAAAUCAGAAUUUGCAAAGUGAAAUUUCUUUUACUGACACAGAUGAGGCAAUUUUUGGAUGGGUGUAAAAAAAAAAAAAGAAAUAAGAAAAAGAAGAUUUAUUUAUAGUUAUUAUUUUCAUUGUUAUAUACAAUUAGCACCAACCAUUCAAGAGAAAAACAUUCCCACCAUCAGAAGUGCUGGAACAUAAGUGCCAUAUAGUUUAUAUAAAGAAUAUACAAUAUAAAGUGAAAAGUAUGUAUUUGUGAUUACUGCAUUUAGUGCAUUUAUGAUUACAUUACACUGUUAUAAUAUUUUGUUUAAAUUCUGAGUAAACAAUGCUCUUUGUUAGUAUUUUGUAUAAAUUCUUAUAUAAGAAUACAAUAUAAUAUGGAUCUAAUGCUACUGAAAGAAUAGUUAGAAUUUCAGAAAAAAAAUAAGUUUGUAUGAAAUAAAUAUGUAAAUCGAAACAUCUGAAGUUCUGAAUUAAUUUUAUUCCCAUGCAAUUAAAAUUGCAUACUGAAUCUUUGUAUGUAAGUUUAAACAUUUAAGUAGCAGUCAGUCAUCAAUCUCAGGUUGCCAUAAGUAAAGUGAAGCAGCAAAGUGUGAAUUCAUAAAGGUGAUGAAGAUGGGAUGCAGCGGCAGUAUUUUAUUAUUGCAGUUAGGCAUCCCAAUGUUAUUCAACCGUGUAACCUACAAAGUGUUAAAAGGAAGGGUCAUUCUCCUUCCAACAUUCACUGUCAUUAUAUAACUUUUCAUUGCUUCCUUGCCUCUAUGGAUUAUUGCCUGGAAACCUCAUGAGUCAUACUGCAAAAUUAUAUUAUCUAAGAGUAAUAUGUUUCCUGAAAACCCCAAUAAAAAUGAUCCUUUCCUGAACAAUAGAA